AUGAAAAUUAUAAAUGAAAAGAGAUAGGAAAGUAAAUAAGAGAAUAAAGAAGAAAAUAAAGAAGAAAAUAAAUAAGAAAAUUAAGAAGAAAACAAAGAAGAAUACAAAGAAGAAUACAAAGAAGAAUACAAAGAAGUACAUAAGGAAGAAAAUAAAGAUGAAAAUAAAGAUGAAAUUAAACAAGAAAAUAAACAAGAAAAUAAUGACGAAAUUAAAGAGGAAAAUAAAUAAGAACAUAAAGUAGAAAAUAAAGAAAAAGGUUAAGAAGAAAAUAAAGAAGAAAGUUAAGAAGAUAAAUUAUAGGAUAAUAAAGAAUAAAAUAAAUAAGAUUAUUAAGGAGAAAAUCAACAAGAAAACAAAAAUGAAAAUAAUUAAGAAAAUAAAUAGGAAAAUAAAGAAGAAAAUAAAGAAAUACCAAAAGGCGAAAAUAAAGAUGAAAAUAAAAUAGAAAAUUAAGAAGAAAAUAAACAAGAAUCUUAAGGAGAAAAUAUAAAUGAAAACAAUAAUAAAUAAAAAUAAGGAAAUAAAUAAGAAGACUAAAGCGAAAACAAAGUAUAAAAAAAUGAAGAGAAUUAGCCAAAUUAAUAAUAAGAACAAUUAAAUAAUAAUUAAGUAGAUAAUAAUAAACAAACUGAAGUAAAUAAUUAAGAAAAUAACUAAAUUAAUAAUUAAGAAUAAUAAAAUAUUAAAUAGGCUAAUAAUGAACAAUAAAAGUAAUAAGCAGAAUAUUAGUAAAUUGAUGAAAAUCAGAAAUUAAAUUAGAAUAAUAAUUAAUAAAAAUAAUAGCAAGAAAUGCAAUAAUAUUAGUAUUAAUAAUAAAACUAAUAAGAAAAUUAAUUAAAAAAUUGCGAUUAAGAUAAAUAAUAAUAAAUUUAGUAAGAUGAAAAAUAACAAGAAAAAUAGUAAGAAAAAAAAGUAGAAAAAUAAGGAAAAAAAAAGAGAAGAAAAGAAGAAAAAAACAAAGAAAAGCAAGAAGAAAAAAAGGAGGAAAUACAAGAUAGUAAUUAAAAAUAAAAAAAAUAUUAAUUUAAUUGA